AUCACCCAGAGGUACAAGAAGAAAUUUACAGGAAGGACGAUAGGCUCCUCGCCUUGUUAAAAGAUGUUUAUGUCGAGUCCAGAGAUCCACCUGUGCGGGUAAAAGAUGGAGGUGGUGAACAUCUUCCAUGUAAACAGGAGGAAAAGAGACUUACAAAACUAGGCCACUUGGGAGAUCUAGAUGUUAAGAAAGUUCCCAAAGGCAAAAUUUCCAUUGUGGAGGCUCUAAUGCUUCUUAAUAAUCACAAACUUCAUCCUCAAAUAUGGACUGCAGAGAAGAUAGCAGUGGAAUACAGCCUGGAACUGAAAGACGUCAACUCUCUUCUGGAAUUCUUCAUUCCUUUCACUGUGCAGGAAUUUCCUAAAGAAACCAAAAAAGCUAUAAAGCCAACAUAAAAAUAAUUACCAAAACCUUGUGUGAUCUCACUCGUGUCUUAAUUUUACUCUUGAGUAUAUUCAGUGUCUGAAAAGAGUUGGUAAUAUGUCAUCCAACAAGGCUGCUUCUUUAUACCAGUAAGAUGUAUUCAAGCAAUUCCAUUCUAUACUGGAUAGCUUCAGUUAAAUACAGCAAUUGUAGGAUACAGUUUGUAAAUCAGAAUGUAGCUAAUAAGUCGUAUGAGAGCAUGUCACACAGUUCUGAUUAUCCCAUCCAUAUGUU